AUGGACAAGAGGCCCGAUAUCACAAAGACAUAUAUGGGGACAGUCAUCGACAAGAACAAGAACACUCUCCUCAACUACAGCCCAGAAAAGAUGCGUGACGGCAUCAUGAACCUGCGAAUGAAUCUAGACAAUGGCAAAACCACAAAUGUUCCAAAAUGGGGAUACUCCGGGGAUCUGAACGUUGCGAAUCUCGUUGAGGGGGGUACAGCAGCAAAUUAUUUCGACAAAGUGGGCGAGGAGUUUGGGACACGCUACUGGAAGGCCAAGGAAGAGUUUGAUCGAGUUGCUAAGCUCACGGGUGACGAUAAGCUGAGUGAUGAGCUGAAGGCAUUGUUCAAGACUUGGAAUGAACAUGCGGUGGAAUCCUCUAAGAUGUCCUACGCAUAUCGGGAAAAGGAACUCCGAAUGCAAGAGCCAGGAGCCAUCAAGUCAGCUCUCAAAGGCAAAUAUACCGACAAGGCGAAGAAAAAGCUCAUCGUCGUUGAAACCAGGAUGCUUGACAAAAGCGAGGUGGUGUGGGGAGAGCCUUACAAGGUUUAUGACAAGGAUGCUACAGCCACCAAAUUAGCAUCCAUUGGAGACCUGGGAUUGACAAAAGAACAGGCUCUCACUCUGCUCACGGAUGUUUACAAUGAACUUCAGGAAACAGAUUUAGUCAAGGAUCACGUAAGGGCCUUGACGGGGGCCAAAAAGGCAAUGAAUGUGGCGCGCAGCGGAUGUAUCUAG